UCUGCGUGCGCGCGCCCGAGGCCCGCCCGCGUGCGGAGGAGUGAGCCAGUAAGCGCGGCGGAGAUUGGGCGGGCGGCUGUGGCCGAGGCCGAGUCAGAAUCCCGGUCCUUCUGGGGUUUCUCUGGUUCGCUUGGUGGGCGUGCCCUCCUGUCCAGCUCCUGGCUUCUUGUGUGGCUGAUCUCCUUUCCUGGGAAGAUGUUCCUCGUAGGCCUCACAGGGGGUAUUGCCUCAGGCAAGAGCUCCGUGAUCCAGGUGUUCCAGCAACUGGGCUGUGCCGUGAUUGAUGUGGAUGUCAUUGCCCGGCAUGUUGUCCAGCCAGGAUACCCUGCCCACCGGCGUAUUGUGGAGGCCUUUGGUACUGAGGUCUUGCUGGAGAAUGGUGACAUAGAUCGGAAGGCCCUCGGGGACCUGAUCUUUAAGCAGCCUGACCGGCGGCAACUGCUCAACUCCAUCACUCACCCUGAGAUCCGCAAGGAAAUGAUGAAGGAGACCUUCAAGUACUUCCUCCGUGGGUUCCGCUAUGCCAUUCUGGACAUCCCCCUGCUGUUUGAGACCAAGAAGCUGCUCAAGUACAUGAGGCACACUGUGGUUGUGUACUGUGAUCGAGACACUCAGCUGGCAAGGCUGAUGAAGCGGAACAGCCUGAACCGUGAGGACGCAGAGGCGCGCAUCAAGGCCCAGCUGCCCCUGAAGGACAAAGCCCGCAUGGCCGACCAUGUUCUAGACAACUCUGGCGAGUGGAGCAUCACCAAACGCCAGGUUGUCCUCUUGCAUGCCAAGUUGGAGCGAUCUCUGGAGUACCUGCCACUGAGGCUUGGGGUCCUCACGGGUCUGGCUGGUAUUGUCAGUCUCCUCUAUCUGCUCACCCGCUACCUUCUGCCUUCCCCAUAACUGGGCACACAAGGCAGGGAGCCCCAGGUCUCUUCCUCCUUGGAGGUCUAAAUCAAGAACCAUACCACACCUUCCACACUCACAUGCACAGUGAAUCUGGGCCUGGCCCCUGUGUUGGACCUGCUCUUUCUUGGAGUGUGUCCUGCCUGAGGCUGAGAGGGAAAGAAGCGCCCACUGUUCAUAGGUGCUCUUCCUCCCCAGAAUCAUCACAGAGCAGUGUCUACAGUGUCCCUGGCCCUCACCAGUGCUUACAGCUAGGUGGCAAACAGUUCCUUGGGCUUGAGCCUUCUCUGAGCACCUGCCCCACUAUGGUCAGAUCUCCCUUCUGGACCAGGUGCAUCACCCUCAGACAGGGCUGUCCCCUGGGUUGAAGCCUUUGCCAGGGUGCAGUGCAAAUCAUGUGUGGGAGUGUUAUGGCCAGAUGGAGGUGGGCUUGUGGGAACAUCCACCUCCGCAUAGGGCUUUCUUUCAUUCUCCCCACACCCUGUGUAGCUACUAUCUCCCACCCCUCUGCCUCCUGUCCCUCCACUUGCAGUACAAUGUGGAUCCUGUGCUGUCUCACCUCUGUGCCUUCCCCAGUGCUCCCUGGUCUGGCGUUGUUUUCCUUCGGGCAGUUGGCUGACCUGGCUCAAGCUAAGUAAGGUGCUCUGGAAUGUCACCCUUUGGUUUUAUCUUAAUUAUGUACAGUAAUGGACCAGAAGCUGGUGGGUGUCUCCUGCUAGACUGUAAGCCUCUUGAAGGCAGGCUAUCUUACUCACCUCUGUGCUCUAACAUACAGCCUUUUUGCAGUUGGUGCUCAAUAAAUUGUACUGAUCUGAAAUGUC